AUGUCCUCUAAUGUCUUGGCGAUAUCUCAUCUCGAGAGCAUUGAGAAUGCUAACUACCCCGGCUCCUCCAUUCAGAACUCGGCUUCCAAUCAUUAUUGGGACAGCUCCGGUGACGUCCUGCAGGGGAUCAUGGACACUCGCGUUACCUCAACGUCCUCCCAUCCAGACCCCUCAUCGGACGGGCUGGAAGCGUCGUCCGACCUUGCUCUGGGUGACCCAGCUACUUUACUUGGGAUGCAGUUCAGCCCGAAUCCAGACAUCCUUCCUCACGACCAUGCGUCCGUCCUGAAUACGUGGCCUUCCUAUCAUAAUCUGCCAUCGUCGCCUACGUCUCAUCGGUUCGAUUAUCUCCAGUAUCGUCAUGCACGACUGAUGGAUAACCAAGACGCCUGGAGCCCGCUCCAAAUGACAGGGAUGCCCGUCAACCCGUUCCAGUUUGGCAUUCGGCAUCAUGGGGAGACGCCGCAGAUGGGCGGGUUUGAUCGCAGGUACUCCACCGGUCAACAAAGUGCGCAUUCUGAAAAUGACAGUCAAUGCACGGGCAUCCGCCAAUCAGACCCUGGGUACGGUACGCAUAGCUGUGCCUCGCGCUCGGUUACAACGUCAUCCCAAGCCUUCGAAGCAGCGUACAGUCCGUCUCUUGCGCCCCAUGAGCUUGAAUCGGAGGACAAGUUACCCAGUUGGGACAUCAGCGUCCAACAGUACGGCGAACAAGGAUGUGAGGUCGCGGAGAGAAUGGAAACGUCGUCUUUGGUCUGCACCGAUGUCAUCGGAUGUGAUUAUCCAGGUUGUCCGUGGACUGGUAAAUGCCCUUCCGACAAAAGGAAACACGAAGCCAGACAUCGGAAACUGUUCAAGUGCGAUGAGCCAUAUUGCCCCCGAAAAGAGGGCUUCGGGACGAUCAAUGACCUGGCCCGUCACAAGAAAUGCGUUCACAAACAGGAUCCGGAACGCGGUCCGAAAAUGCUGUUCAUGUGCUUUGGGCACAACUGUCCGCGCAAAGACAAGAGAUGGCCCCGGCUAGAUAAUUUUCGUCAGCACCUGACUAGGAUGCAUCAUGAUGAGGACAUCGACGAUUUGCUGAAAAGGUCGCAUGAUUGGUAUGAGACGUGCGUCAAGCCACAGGAAAUGACAUCUUCCAUCGCCGAACAUCUAUCAGAGGUCAAAUACGCCAUGGAGACGAACCAAGGCCCCAAGCUGGAGUAUCCGACAGCGGAGUCUCCUCUAGACAGUGUCAGCAUGGUUUCGAGCGAGCAGGUCUCUUGUUCAUUCGGAAACUUGGUCCUGGAUUCUACCUAUGACACCUUUGCUGCACCCAACUCCGAUCGCAUUCAUGCCUCGCGGCCGUCUAUGUCAGACGCUUCCGAGUCCGUCGAUUUAUCCGCUCCAACACCAACCAAGAUGGAACCCCCUUCUCAAGAUAGAAAACCAUCAUUGUCUGCCAGUCGAGGAAAUACCCGAAACGAUAAGAUGGACGACAUGAUAACUGAGGCGGCUGUAAACAUGAUCAAUGCCAUGACCAAGAUCAUGAAUAGUAAUCAACGAAGGCGAAGCCAACAAGCGGACGAUGCAAGUGAAACUGAUGAUCAGCACGAGCUGUCCGACCGAAAGCGCGAGGUAUUACAGAAGAUCCUAUCGACCGCUUUGGAUCAACUGUCUGGUCACGGCAAUCAGACCCAUGCCCAUACGGCGCCAGCCGACAACACAAACGAAAAGGGAUGGAUUCAAUGUGAAUUCUGCUCAAAAUGCACGCGCUUGCGAUGCGAGAUGAAAAAACACAAGAAGCGCCAUGAACGGCCGUAUGGUUGUACUUUUCACAAGUGCAACAAGACAUUUGGCAGCAAAGCUGACUGGAAGCGUCACGAGAACUCGCAACAUUAUCAUCAGCAGAGUUGGCGCUGCACCUUGCAUGAUGCCACGCAAGGGGGUUUGCAAUGCGCUCGCUUGUAUUAUCGGCAGGAGAUAUUCGCUCAACACUUGAAAAGGCACCAUCACGCGGGCGAUGAUGACGUGCGAGCAGCACUCUACAAGAACUGCAUUGGUCAGAACGGCCAGUCGCAGCUCAACGGCCAAUCGCAAUUCUGGUGUGGUUUCUGCCGGGAUAUUGUUUCCCUCAAGGACCAAGGUCUUGCGGCUUGGAACGAACGUUUCAACCACAUCGACAUCGAGCAUUUCAAGAAGGGGCAACGAAUUGGGGAUUGGCUACUCCCAUCCGGACAUGAGACCAAAGACGGGAUGCGCGAGGAAGGGAGGAGGAAAACCGUAGCGGACGCAAUCGAAGAUGACAGCGAGCUCGUCGUAGAUGACAAUAGCGACGGCAGUUCCGGAAGCGAUAACUAUUAUUCCGACAGCGAUGGCUUGCAGGACGAAAUUGAAGUGACCGGCCUCGACAAUGGUCGGGGACUACCUUUUCAGCCAUUCGAGGAUUGUCUUCAGGACAGGUCUUCCGCCGCGCUGUAUCUACCAACAGGGUCGACAAACUUGCGAAAGCGAAAGCUUCCUAGUCUCCAGCCCACACCGGGCUUCUGUCACGGUCGCAAAGAUCGAAGUUUGAGUAUAGAAAAAAGGUCCAAAACCUAG